UGUUGUCCAUAAAGCGUCUUUGGUGCCCGCUCCGAAGGAAGGGAAUGUUAAUGACCCAACUUUGCAGAUGUUGUGAGUUCUGGCGAAUAAACCGUCCCAUAAACAACAUGGAGUGUUGUGGAGCACCUUCGAGCCGAGUUGCAUCUACAGCGUCGCUUCCCCAGCUCGCCGAUGACGUAGACUUCAGCGGCCCGGUGAAGACACGAGAAUGCAAGGACGUCUUCAUUCUGAUGGUCUUCAGCGUCUUCGCUGUCUACAUGGUGUGCGUGGCCAUCGCGGCCGCGUCCCGCCGGGACUACGCUCGCUUGACGCACCGCAUGGACAGUCACGGCAACCUGUGUGGCCUGGACAACAGGCACAAGAAGCUCUUCGGCGUCCCACUCUCGGGACAGGACAUGCGCGGAAAGCUGAUGGUCGAAGAGAAGCUAGACGCCUCGAAACAGCGUACGACGUGGGAAUGCGUUGAUAAGUGCACUGUAGGACCGAUGAAGCGUACCGGAAGCUUUCGCGUGUGCGAUUCAACGAGGCCUGGCGUCCCGCACCACCUGCUACGAAACAGCGAGAUCGAGAUAGUGGCAAGUGACAUUAUAUGGCGACUGCGAGAAAUCGCCUUUGUCGUGUUGAUAGGAAUCGGUCAUACGAUCUUGUGGAUGCUGUGCCUGAGGUUCCUCGCUGCCGUCUUCGUCUGGAUCAUCAUGGGCAUCGCAGCGGCAGGCAGCCUUGCGAUCACCAUCGCUCUUUGGCUCAAAUGGAAUCGGAGCGUCUGGAGUUACAUCACGGACGAAAAAGAGGUCAAGAUUGCAUCAUUCGAACUUUACAAGGUUUGGUGGAUUGUCGCCCUCACCAUAGUGACGACUCUGACGGUUAUUCUUAUAAUACUCAUUAUCUCCAUUUCCAAGCGAGUGCAGUUGGUCACAACUCUUUUUACUGAAGCUGGCAGGGCUCUCGGAGACAUGCCGGUUCUUUUUAUUCAACCUUUCAUUACGGCUCUGACAGUGACCCUCAUCUCGAGCCUGUGGCUUCUGGGCCUAGUGAGCAUCCUUUCCGUGGCCCAUUGUUACAUCAGCGACGAGCACAAUGACAGCGUCAUGUUCAAGCCCGACGACUUCUUCCUGACGAUGGCUCCGUUCUACUUGAUAUUUUUUCUGUGGCUCGUCCAAAUCGUGUUGAACUGCCAGAACUUCGUCGUCGCGGCCUCAGUGUCCAGCUGGUACUUUACGAGGCACAAGACCCAGAUGAGCUCUCCCGUGCUGGAAAGUGCGGAGUUUCUCGUCGCAUACCACAUGGGCUCCGUGACCUAUGGAUCACUGCUGCUGGCUAUUGUGGAACCAAUCAGGGCCCUCGUCACUGGCGCCCAUCUUGCCGUGGCCCCGAAGGUGAGGUCAUGCUUGCGGUUGGAGACAUGCUGGACCAUGUGCUGCCGAUGUUUGGACUAUUUCCCGAUGUACAUCAGCAAGAACGCAUUUAUUGUCAUGGCUGUCCAUGGCCUCAGCUUCAGGACGAGUGCUAGGAGGGCCCAGAGGCUGCUGGCGAGGCACCGGGCUCAGCUGUCCGCCAUCGACAGCGUCGCCGACUUUCUGCUCUUCCUCACCAAGCUGGCAGUUGCCGUGCCGGCUGUCUUCUGUGGAGUGUGGACCAUCACAGAUUCCUUGACGACUGUGAAUGUGUGGGUGCCCCUCUUCGCCGGAGGGUUCAUCAGUUACUACGUGGCCGACAGCUGCAUAUCUGUGUACGAGAUGACGAUAGACACGCUGUUCCUGUGUUUCUGCGAGGACAACGAGCGGAACGAUGGAUUUAGCAGACCGUUCUUCAUGAGCGAAGCACUCAGGGACUUUAUGGAAGAGAGCAAGGAGGAUCUCGUGGCCACCAGGAUCACGGGCACGACUCCAUAGGAGUUGCAUUACGGGGCACUUCAACGAGAACCAUCAUGACACUGUGUUCAUUAAUAAAGCGAUAUCU